UAGUGAAUAAAUAGAUACGUGGUGAUAAUUUAUUCCAGUAGUUCGUAAAUAAAUAUCAAACAUUCACGGAAUUUUUUGCACAAAAUGUCUACUAAAGUAGCAGUUGUUACGGGUUCUAAUAAAGGAAUAGGAUUCGCUAUAGUCCGUGGACUUUGCAAACGUUUUAAUGGAACAGUUUACCUUACUUCAAGAGAUGAAGAACGCGGGAAAAAAGCUGUCGCCGAUUUAAAUAAAGAAGGCCUAAACCCAAGUUACCACCAACUCGACAUUACCGACAAUAAGAGCAUCGAGAGAUUUAGAGACUACAUAAAGAGUAAAUACGAUGGAAUUGAUAUAUUGGUCAACAAUGCGGCAAUCGCUUUUAAAAGUGCUUCUACAGAACCGGUAGCGGUACAAGCCGAGCAAACACUCUUCGUUAAUUACUUCUCACUUGUUUCUGUUUGCGAUAUUUUGUUCCCAAUCGUCAAAAAUGGCGGAAGAGUGGUCAACAUUUCCAGCUCAUGUGGCCAUUUGAGUCAUAUACCUAGCGGGAAUUUGAGAAAAAGGUUCCAAGACCCGGAGCUGACUGUAGAGGAAUUAUCUGCGUUGAUGCAGCAAUAUGUGGACGCUGCUAAACAAGGAACGCAAGAAGCCGAAUGGGGCAUAUCCUCAUAUGUUGUGUCUAAAGUGGGUGUUACAGCUUUGACUAAAAUUCAGCAAAGACUACUCAACGAUAGAGAUAUAAAGGUGAAUGCAGUCCACCCAGGAUAUGUUGACACAGACAUGAGCAGCCACAGAGGUCCCCUGACUAUAGACCAGGGAGCAUCCGCACCUCUAUACAUUGCUUUGGAUGCUCCAGACUCUGUGAAGGGGGAAUAUAUUUGGUUUAACAGCAAAAUUGUCAAUUGGGAUGGUCAGAUUCCUGAAGAAAAAUAUUGAACAUUACUAAAAUACAUUUUAAGUUUCAUAUGUUAUUGUUAAAAUAAUUAUUUUUGUAUUCCACUAAAGUCUGUAUAUUUUCAAAGUAAAAUUAUAUGCAAUUUUAAAAUAACUAGUCUUUACUCUUUAUAUCUGUUAUUUGAAGAAAAUAAAUAUUGCUUGCAAAAAAUAAA